UUGGCUGGGAACCUCUGCGUGGUCACAACAACACGACACACGUCGGGCUUUUGGUGGGAAAAUGACUUCUCCGUCCUCGUUUAUCUUAACAUUAAAAGUAUUAUCGUGCGUUUUCCGAUGUGCCCUGUAGCGCCAGAGUGAGCGGGUGCGUGUCAGCUACACAAAACGUGUACAGGUUCGUUAGUGGGAGCGCGGUGUCUGCGUGGAAACCAUCAAGCUAACCGGGGGAAACUUCGCCCAGCCCAUUGUUUGCUAGCGUGCUAACAACGUUAGCCCGCUGUCUGUCUGUCUCUGGACAGGAACACGCUGUAGUUUCCUCCACUGUCAGGACGCCGUGUGUGUUCUAUGUUGUGUUAACUUGCCAAGAAGCGUUGAACCCGCGAGGAAUCAACAGCAACAAUGCCCGAGAUCAAGAUCAAGCACGUUGUGUCCUGCAGCACCGAGGACACAACCCACAAGGCGGACAACCUGCUGAGCUCGGACACCUACAGGAAGUGGAAAGCAGCAAGACCCGGGGAGAAGCAAACAUCCGUCAUCCUGCAGCUUGAGAAGGAGGAGCAGGUGCACAGCAUCGACAUCGGAAAUGAAGGCUCAGCUUUCAUCGAGGUGCUGGUUGGGAAUUCCUCAGCUGUCAGAGACCAGGAUUAUGAGGUUCUUCUGGUUACAUCUUCCUUCAUGUCUCCAACUGAGAGCCGCAAUGGCACCAAUCUGAACCGGGUUCGUUUCUUUGGGCCCACCCAGCUGCAGAAGAGCCCAGCCCAGGAGAAGUGGGACAGAGUGAAACUUGUUUGUAGCCAGCCUUACAGCAAGAACAUAGCAUAUGGUCUGGCCUUUGUUAAGUUUCAUUCACCGCCUGACAAAAAUGAUCCUCCUCCAGCAGCCUCCCCUAAGCUGACAAAGUUAGGACAGUUCAAGGUGAAGGAAGAGUCUCCGUCAUCUGGGCCCAGCCUUCAGCCGGGCAGUCUCUUCUUCAGUCGGGACAGUACGACAAAAACCAGUCCUUCUCUCAAAGUGUCUCCUCAGAGUGAGAGGCUGAGUUACGCUGCUGCUGCCCUGCAGACCGGUGGCAGCCCCCAGUUGUCGGGCCCGGCCUCGUCCUCCAGCACUGUCUCGCCACAGCCACCAGCAAAAAGAAAAUAUGAGUUCAACAAAGAGCGCCAGUCCGCCCCUGGCCCCCCUCCUACGAAAAAAAUAAGUCCAGCUGGCUCACCCGAGGGUAAAGCCGCAACCCCCAAAAACAAGCCGAGUCCAGCCAGCGCAUCCAGCUCCAGCGCUGCGAAAGCUUCCCUGACACCGAAGUCCCCCGAAAAGAAGAGGCAGAGUUUGACCAAAUCCGAGACUAAACCCAAACAACAGAAAACAAAAUCCCAGGUCCCAUUCAACCGGAUCCUGGAAGGGGUGGUGUUUGUACUCAGUGGUUUCCAAAACCCAUACAGGGGGGAGCUGAGGGAAAAGGCUCUGGAUAUGGGAGCCAAGUACCGGCCUGACUGGAUGUCCGGCGCCACACACCUCAUCUGUGCCUUUGCUAACACGCCUAAGUACAGCCAGGUGAAAUCAGCAGGGGGCAUCAUUGUACGGAAAGAAUGGGUGAUGGACUGCCACAAGAGGAAAGAGCAGCUCUCCUAUAAACGGUAUUUGAUGGAUGGUGGCGAGUCGAGCUCGGAGAGUGAAAUGGAAGUGGACAACCAGAGUGAAGAGGAAAUGGAUACAAAGACUCCACAGAAGCAGGAGAGACGAGUCACCCCCAAAAAAACCAUUGUGAAGAGUGAAGACGAUGAUGAAUACGGUGGCUCCACGGAUAUGGACGAACCAGGAGUUGAUGAUGACGAAUCUGCCGUGGACACGGAGGACGAGCUGCAGAGAGUGGAGAAGGAGAACAAACAGAAGAAGAAAGCGUCAGCCGCUGUGAAGACGGUGAAGGAGGAGGAUCCAUACGGGGGCUCGACCGAUGAAAACACAGACGCUGAGGCUGAACAGGAUCAUCCCAUCCCUGAGCUGCCAGACUUCCUGAGUGGAAAGCACUUUUUCCUCUACGGUAAAUUCCCUAACAACGAGCGACGUCUGCUGCUGCGAUACAUCGUGGCCUUCAAUGGAGUGAUCGAGGACUACAUGACGGAGAAGGUGCAGUUUGUGGUGACCAGUGAAGGCUGGCAUGACUCUUUUGAAGAUGCCCUGAUGGACAACGGCAAUCUGAACUUUGUCAAACCUACUUGGAUCCACUCCAUCAACGAACGACAGAAGCUGCUGCCCUAUCAGCCGUACUCUGUCGUCCCCUGAACAAGUCGCUGUGCGGACUCAGACUUCAGUUGUGAUGAAGCAGCAGCGGGGGGGGGCGGCAUAGACUGUUUUUUAUUUUUUUUCAGUUUCAUCGCCAUUUAGAAAAAGCUAAUUCUUGUUCAUUAUUGAUGUGUUUUUCUUUUUUUUUUUUACUUCAAAUGGAAUUUUCUCAGCCUUUGUCCACUUUACACAAAAUUUCACCUUUUGGACAAGCUAGGAGAAAAACUAUCUAUUUAAAUGUAGGUUAGGGUUUAGAUUUAUCGUUAAACCUUCAUUUGAAGUUUGUUAACGUAGCCUGGCCACAAUGCAAUGUCCUGUGCCGCCGCCCGGCCACCUCCGGCUCUGUCUGGAAACGAGCUGUCACCCUGUGCUGACUGCCAGCGGCGCUGAUAAGACCCCGACUUGUGUAAGUGAGCAGACUGUUAUGAGGCCAGGCUGAAGGGGGCCAGUUAUUCAAGGUUGCAGCAUUUUUCAGAUCUAAAAAUUGAAGUCUGGGGAACUGUGUUAGUGUGAUGAAUUUACAUGUGUGUGUGUGUGUGUGUUUGGGUUAAAAGUUUUAAACCUGUUUGUGAUUUGGUUUUAUUUGUGUUAAAUAUUACAAGAGAUGGACUCGCUCAAGGGAUAUGAGAUUUCCUGAAAGGGCUUCACGAGGAAAUGUUGAACUUUGGUUUGCUCACUUUUCCAAAGAGACUCGUUAAGGUUCCUUUUCUCUUUGUUUCCUAAUUAUUUUGUCCAAAUAAAAAUAAAAAAGGUUUUUAAUUA